AUGGUAAUUAUCGAAAACAGCAUUGAAAGUUUAAAAAUAGGGAACUAUGGUUUUAAUUUCAAAAUAUUUUCCUCACUCUAUCCAUUUAAGAGCAAGCAGAAUCAUUGAAAAAUGUCUAUUUUCGGUAAACUAAUCCCUUUAGAGUGAGCAAAAAAUUUUUAACAUAAUUCUUUUUUAUUAUAAAAUUUAUAGUGAUAUCUCAGGCUAAAUAUAUUAAAUUUAAACAUCUUACAUAAAUUUAUAAAUUAAUUUAGAUGUUUUUUAAAGAGGGAGUCAAAGAAAUCAGAUGUAAAUAUUCUAUUUUUCUAAACCAGAAUAUUAUUUUCUUAUAUUCUUAUUUAUUUUGAUAUCUGUUUUAAUCAGAAUUUAAUUCUCAUUAAAAAGAAAUCCAAAGCCAACAUAUAUCUGAAAUAUCCUGAUGAACGGACAGAAGAAAUGGCAAUUUUAUUAACUUUUAUACUCAGCCGAAAAACUUACCGAAAGCCUUGAAUAUUGGCCUAG